GUGCAAGUGUUGAAAGAAAGUAUAUUCACAAGAAAACCAAAAAUGCAUUCUCAAAGUACAUUUUUAAUAGCGCCUACUUUGAUUCUUUUACUGAUGGCUGGUCAAAUUUCAAUUUCUGGAGAAAACAAUGUAGAAGAAACGAAUAUCAAGCCACUAAGGUUUGAAGAUAAUAUCUGUUCGCUUUACGAUAAUUUAUCAGUAAUUGAUUCUCUGUUUUUCAAAAAACAGUACAAGCCAUUGGUAAUAAUUAUAGCAGAUAAAUUGAGUAUUGGUGUAAACAGAGUUAGAAAUUUUAGUGACAGCAAAAGAAUUUUAAAUGAUGAAAAUAUCAGGCACUGGCCUCAUCACAAUCAGUUACAUCAAACUAUAUUGAGAAAUAUCUUUCUAUUCCAAGCCAACAACAUAUAUUAUUUUAUCUAUCCAUUAAAAUUUCAACUCUAUUUUUUGACCAUAUAUUUCCAAAAGCAGCUAUUAAAUGACAAUUCAGACAUUUCCUUUGAUUUUGUUAAUGCAAAGAAAGAGUUUCCUUUCUUUGAAAAUAUUUUAAUGCCACUGCAAUCAAGCUGCACCAAUUGCACUCUUGUAAAAUAUAUAAAUGAAAAACUGCAAAAAGGAGAAAUCUUCUCAGAACUAUUCGAGUUACGUAAACAAUUGUUUAAAAGAAAAGCGAAAAAAAACUUAUCCUUUAAGACAUUGAAUAAUUAUGACAUUUGCACUUCAAUGGGAUUUAACUUAAAUUCUCAAAACACGAGUUCUUUCAUGCACUUCAACUCAUUACUAAAACAAAUUCAAAGCAAUAGCGACAGUUUAGAAAAAAGUAAAAAAAUAAGUACUGUAGAAGGAAGCCUAACUUGCUUUCAGUCUAGAAAUUUGGAAGCGCCAGAAUAUCUACUGAUUUUCCCAAUUGCUAAAAAUUUAAAAGUAGUUAUAGUUUUUAUUGAUUAUUUAAAUUGGAUCAAUAACACUAUAUCUUCAUUGAAAAACAAUGAUAUUUUAUUUGGCGGUCUUUGUGAGAAUGAACACAAAAUAGAUAUAUUUAAAUUAUUUUGUUUUAUGAAAGAAAUAUCAGAUGUUACAUCUCACAACAUAACAGAGUGGAUAGAAGUCUUAAAAGAACAUUUUGCAAAAUCAUUGAAUGACAAAUUAGAUUGGUUUAAUAGAGUGAAAUUUUUGUAUAAUAACGAAUAUUCGUUAAGAGACGAUUUAAUUUUUUCUUCACGUGAUGAUUUUGAACGGGAAAUACAAAAUGAAAGCGAACAUUGGCAUAAUGUAAUGCAAUUAUCCUAUUUAGUUGUUAAGAAUUCUCUGCUUGUAUAUUCUAAUUACGACUAUAGAGCUAAGUAUAAUACAAUCUGUACUGUUUACGAACAUUGGAAAACAAUCGAUGAUCUACUCUUUGAGGUGGAAUUCAAGAGAUUAGUGAUAAUCGUGGUAGAUGACAUGAAACAAGGGAUCAAAAUUGCUAAUCAAAUAAGAGCUAGCAGAGUAGAACCGAAAGUAAAACGAGAAGAUCUUCAUUAUUCAGAACAGUUUUUGUACGAUUUCAUAAUGAAACAUAUUUAUUUGGUUCAAUCCAAUGAUACUCAUUAUUAUGUCUACCCAACGAACGACGACAGACAAGAAAACCCACUGAUUGGCUAUUUCGAAUACAAAAUGAUUAAAAAUUAUUCAAAUGUUUUUUUUUAUUUUGUAAACUCUAGGAAUUAUUUUUCUCGUAAUGAAUCAAGUUGUUUUGAUGACUAUGAUUCGUUAAUUCAUGCGCUACUCGAUUAUCGUGACAUUUCCUCAGGAAACAUACAGACGCGCUUUAUAAAUCCCUCACAUUUAAUUAAAGUUCAUCAAGAUUUUUUUAUCCGCUUUCCAGAAUAUUUUCCUAUAUAUGCUUCCGUUUACAAUGAUUUUACAGAAUUUGUGAAUAAUUACGAUCAACAUUAUAGAAGCCAUGGUAACAUUACAUACUUUCAGGAAUUUCGUAACUUUUUGAAACAACUAAAAAUUCCUUUUUACCUAUUAAAUGAUUUAUUUAAAGGUUUGCCGUGCUCAUCGUCGCAGAAAUUAAAUAAUAUAACCGAUAUUGAUUUUCGUAUGACUCAAUUUAGUGAUGUUCUUGAUUUUCAUGAAUUAGUAAAGUUUGCUUAUAGAAAAAUAAUGACAAUAAAUAACAGAGACGAUACUAAUUUAGAAUCUCUUUGUAGUAAUAAAGAAAUUUUUAAAUUUCUUAAAUUCGUUUGCUUUUUAAAAAUAAAUUAUAUUGAAGGCAUGCUUAAAGUUAUUCAUCAGGUACCAUAUGUAAGUAGCUAUAUAACAAGUACUGUUGAAAAUGAGAAAAAUGCUAUUACUAAUUAUUUGUUGAAAUCAAAACUUUUGAUAGAGAAAUUACUAUCAAUAAAUUAUAUUGAUUAUGAGUAUAAUGAAACUCGAAUGUUUGAAGAAUCAGAUGCUUUUUACUCUCAAAUACCAAAAAUUACCUUAAAUGGUGCUGAUUUGUUUAACAAAAUCUAUUCGAUUGUUAGAAAUGAUACAAUUUUUUCGCAAUGUAAGAAGUUAGGAUUUCUUGAUACUAAAGAAAUUACCCCAAAUGUUAAUAAUACGUCAACAGAAAACUAUUUAGAAUUAAGUAAAAAUAAAACUACCUCUAAACUUCAAGAAGAAAUUCUUUAUAAAGCACAAAGAAAAAAAUUGUGUCUUGUACCCAGUUAACAUGUAAGCUUUGUAAAUUUGUUGCAAGUAGUUAAAUGUCCUCCCAGCUCAACAGAAUGUAUUGUAAUAAUAAUAAAUGAUAAAUAAUAAAUAUAGUUUUGUGUAAAGUAAUCAUUAUAUUUAAAGAAUGGGUAUUAAAAAAUAGUCGUUAAAAGAUCUUAAAAAUUAAAAAAUAAGAAAUGAAAAAUAAAUUUUUUUAUGAAAUAUUUUUGAAGAAUUUUAGUAUGUUUGCUACAAGUUUGUACCAAGAUUGCAUCAAGUUUGUAGCAAUCAUUCAGCAACCUAUUAAUAGAUAGUUACCCAAAUAUUUUUCAAAGAAUAUCAAAUUCAGACAAAAAAGAAAGGAAAUAAAUCAUGGCAAUAAUUUUGAUGCUAUAUAAUUGUCUCAAUUAGAGAAUUUUAAAAAAUAUUUGUCAAAGAAAAUCUAUUUAUCUUUAAAAGAAAAUACAAUUUUUUUUGAAAUUUAAUAAAUCGUCAAUUUUUGUAAUGCGCAAAACCAGUUUAAAAGAUAAAAAGUAAAAAUGUGAUAAACUUAAAGUUGUUAAAAAAAUUGAUUAUAUUUUAUGAUUUUUUACGUAUGUAAACAUGCAUUUUUCGAUUUCAAUGCUAUAUCAGUGCAAGUGUUGAAAGAAAGUAUAUUCAUGAAAAAACCAAAAAUGCAUUCUCAAAGUACAUUUUCGAUAACGCUUACUUUGAUUUUUUUAUUGAUGGCUGGACAAAUUUCAAUUCAUGGAGAAAGAAAUGUAA